CGACGCGACGCCUCGCGGCGAAGCGACGCGCGGCGGAUGGAGGCGCGCGGCGACGCCUCUCGCGGCGACCCCCUCGCGGACGCGGAGGAGGGCGGGGACGUGUGGAAAGCCCUGGACGGCAUCUUCGCGGACAUGGACGCGCGGGGGCCGGGGAGCGGCGGCGAGGAGCACGACGCGCUCGCGGACACCGUCGAGGCGCUGCGAGGGCUGCUCGACAUGCACGCGCAGCUGAGGUCGAAGUCGCUCGCGCUCGCGGCGAAGAGGGUGGAGAUCGUGCGCGAGCGAGACGCGGCGUUGGACCGCCUCGCGAGGCUGACCGCGGCGGGGGAGCGCGGGAGGCGCGACCGCGCGGACGCGAACGGACGCGCGGAGCCUGAGGCGAUCUCGGGAUCUCAUCGUGCCGAGGGAAAACGUCCGCGCUCGCCGCCUCCGCGUGGUAGACGACCGGGGACGAGCCCGACGUGAUCGACUCGACUCGACUCGCGCAUCGAUCGACGCCGUGACGACAACGCUGUCUGUAACAACAUAUAAACUUACUC